UAUACAAAAUUUUUUGUAAAUGUACUUUUUCUGCUAACAUUGUCCAAAACCGUAUUGGCAACAACGUCACUAUACCAAAUCUCUAAAAACUUUUAGCAGAAACCUCUAGAGGGCGUAAGUGUCUCUAUAGCAUUUAUGGAAUUCGCGAGGUCGCCGUACGCAACAGUGACAUUAUCCCAGUUGUAACAAGUGUGUGGAGCAAGUAGUAUACCACAAAUUGUGCAAAAGUGACAUUUUUUGUUUAGUGUCAGUUUAUCGAGUGCAUUAAAGGUCAAAAUGCGAAGAACUGACCUAAUUCUAAAGCUUGCUCUUGAAGGUCAAGACUCGCUAUCACAGAGGAAUGACCAAGAACAACAUUUUCCCGAUUUUUCCGUUCCCGAAGUAUCUUUAACACCAUCUAAAAUCACAGAGGAACUUGCACCUAGUAUCAAUGAGCCCUCUGAACCACCUACUUGCCUAUUAGCGGAACAAAGUCCAACAUUUUCUUUAAAGACGUCUGUGCAAUCAAAUGGCCUCAAGCUAUUAGAAACUGUUACAACUCCACCAAACCGAAGUACCAGUUUCAAAUCAACGGAAUCGGUGGACUUACCAAAAGCCUCAACAUUAUCGGCUUCAGGUUCAUCGACGUCUUCAUCUUCAUCUUCACGCUCUUCAACCUGCAGUUCAUCGACAUCAUCCAAGACAGAUCCAUUUAUGACCGAUGAAGAUGAAGAAUACUUAUUACCUUCUCAAGCCGUCAUCGAGCAAGAAAGCAGUCAAUCCUCUGGUAGUGAAUCAACUCAAUCGGAUCAAGAAAAGGAAGAAGGUCCUCCCAAAAAACGACGAAAGGGACAGAUUUCUAAAAAGAAAAUGGCUAAAAUCCUUCGGGACUCUGGUAAACAGUACAUUUCUUUAUCAAAAUCAAAGAAAAUCGUUGCUGCGAAAAAAAUGGGUCCACCUUGCACUUCAAGAUGCCGUCUUAAAUGUUCAGAAAAAAUAAGUGAAAAUCAGAGAGCAAACAUUUUUCAAAGCUACUGGAAUUUAGCCAGUUUGACAAGACAAAGAGAUUUUAUUUCAGGCUGCAUGAAAGUGAUUUGUCCCAAAUAUCAAUAUAAAAUGAUUAACAGCAAUCGCAAAUCAAAACAUGCCUUUCAUUUCAAGGUAAACUUGGUCGAAACACGGGUAUGUAAAGUAUUUUUUAAGAAUACUCUUGGUAUUAAUGACCGGCCCAUUAGAACAGUUAUUGAUAAGAUUAACAGUGAAGGUGUCGUUGAGCCCGAAAUGCGAGGAAAACAUGGCAAACAAACAAAGAUAAGUAAGGACACAAUAACUGGAAUAAAAAAACACAUAGAAUUAGUGCCACGAAUUGAAAGUCACUAUUUAAGGAAACAGACAACUCGAGAGUUUAUAGACGGCGGAAAAAAUUUGAUGGAUUUGUUUAGAGACUACAAAGAAGAUUGCUUAAAAGAAGGUCGUCAACCAGCUCAGUUCCAUAGCUAUAGAAAAAUAUUUAAAACCGACUAUAACAUCAGUUUUUUUGUACCGAAGAAGGACCAAUGUGAACUUUGCACUUCGUAUGGUAUAGCUGAUGAAAAACAGAAGUUGGAGCUUAGGGAGAAGUAUGAAAACCAUAUUUUAGAGAAAGAUUUGAGUCGAAAAGAAAAAGAGGACGAUAAAAAACAAGUAAAAAAUAAUUUUAUUGUAUCAUGUUACGAUUUACAGGCGGUUUUGCCCUUACCCAAAGGUGAGGUUUCUACCUUUUACUACAAAUCCAAAAUUAACGCGUAUAAUUUUACAAUUACUGAACUAGCAAAGGAUAGCUGCGAAUGUUUUGUUUGGAAUGAAGUUGAAGGACUCCGAGGUGCCAACGAAAUUGGGUCUUGCGUCUUGCGUUAUUUAAAAAAUAAGUCAGAGGCUGUUAACAAUGGUGAGUUGGAAAUCGUGUUUUAUUCCGAUAAUUGCUGUGGUCAGCAGAAAAACCAAUUUAUAUUUUCCAUGUACAUGUAUGCUCUGGCAAAUUUAAAAAUAAAGAGCAUUACCCAUAAAUUUCUUAUUGCUGGUCAUACGCAAAAUGAAAACGACUCUGUUCAUUCCGUCAUUGAAAAAGAGGUUAAAAAAUGUUUAAGAUCUGGUCCAAUUUAUGUACCUGAGCAGUUUAUCGGAAUAAUCAGAACUGCGCGAAAGAGAGGAACUCCGUAUAAGGUCAACGAGUUAUGUUACAAUGAUUUUUACGAUUUAAAAGAUUUGGCAAACGAGUGUGGCAGUCGGUUUACUAAAAAUACUGAAGGGGGAGUUGUGAAAUUAAGUGAUAUAAAAAUAAUUAAAUUUGUAAAGUCAGAAAACGCACAACUCCAGAUAUUUUACAAAACUUCAUACGGAGACCCAAUUUUUAAGGAGAUCAACUCUUCGGCGCCUCGUUCAACGCGUCAGAGUCGAAAAAAUUUUCAAUUAAAAAAACUUUACACGGCGAGGCUAGAGUUAGGGGAUCGAAAAAAACACGAUCUCAAGAGUCUCAUUGAUAAUAGCUUAAUACCUCAAUGCUACGCCCACUCUUUCUAUAAUAGUAUUAUAGAUUGAAGGCCGUCUUAUAACUUUUUUCGUAGAAAACAUUUUUUUUCUCUAAACGUUGUAGGUAUUAAUUAUGAAGAAUUUUAAUUAAUACUCACCCUUAUUUGAGUCUGAUUAGGUUUAAGUUUUUUAUUACGUUUUUGUCGUGGUUGUAUUGAUAUACAGUGAGUCUAGUUUUAUGUUUCACUGUUUUUGUACCUGCCAAGACCUAACUACUUACCUCCUUUAAUAGUUUAAUAAAACUGUUGAUAAAAUAGCUUCUUUGUUUUACCUUUCUUUUGCCCAUUUAUGUGAAAAAUGUAUUAUAACAAAAUUGUUCAAAAUUGUGUUUAAAAAAAACGGAAUAGUGACACUAUAAACUAAGUCAAUAAAUAAUAAAUCAAUAUUCAACUUUUUUUACUUCUAGUUGAGUCAAAGUCUAAAGAAAAACAUUUUUUUAUCCUACCAUAAAAGUUCUAAGUUUAUUUUUCACAUAAACUUGUAUUACUUAACUUUUUCUUUAACUGCAAAUUUUAAAAUGCUUCUACUGAACAGUUUUGCUUUUUGGUAUAGUGACGG